AAAUUGAAAAAUAUUCUCUGAAUUUAAAAAGGUCAGGUUCAAAUGACAGCAAGCAAGAUGCAAUAUAAUUGGGCAUGUCACCCACAAUUCCAUAGGUGACCAUGUUCUAGGAUGAUUUUCAAAAUCAGAUUCUUGAUACUAUAAUUUGCUUAGGAAUAUAUGACCUGUUGAUUAACCCUCUUCCCCAUCCCCCAACUCUCACCCACUGAUGUUUUAUUAGAGGGCUGAUCACAGCACUUUUUGUAUAACCUGUAGUUAUUUAAAACUAAACUGAAUAAAACUGGUUUCUUUUUGAGGGUAAAUAAACAUGAUUUCCCCUAUUUUCUUGGAUAGCUAUAUUUUAGAAAAGUUUCCAGACACGAUUAACAUGAAUACUAUGUAAUAUAUGGAUUAUAGGCCUAGUGUUAUUAAUAAAUAUUCAUAUUGAACUAUAUAUUUGUUAAUACUUUAUUUCUUGUAACUGUUUAGAUGAAGAUAUGCCUGGGUGAUACUUCCACUUCAUUAACUAGGUUAGAUUGGCUUCUCAGAAGCAUAGUAGACAUAAAAAGUCAAUAUUUAUGUACUAAAUGAAAAUUAAAUAUUAUAUUCUGGUGUCUCUAGCUAUACUGUAAAUAUUAUGACCUUGGACACAUGCAGUGGAUCCUAAGUAACCAAAACAAUCUUGAAGAAAACAAAAAAGUUGGAGGGCUCAGACUUCCAGAUUUCAAAACUAAAAGCCUGUAGUAAUUAAGGCAGUAUGGCAUUGGAUAAGGAAGGAUGGAUGGAUGGAUAGAUAGAUAGAUUGAUUGAUUGAUCAAUCAGAUUGAACUAAGACUUCAGAAGUAAACUCUACCAUUUGUGGUCCACUGAUUUUUUUUUUUUUUUUGACAAAGGUGCCAAAUAAGUUCAAUGGAUAAAUAACACAGUCUUUUCAUAAAAUGGUGCUGGAACAACUGGAUUUCCACACACAAAAGAAGAAUUUGUAUUCUUACUUCAUAUAAUUCACCCAAAGUAACUCAAAUUGAAUCAUAAGUGUAAGAGCAAAAACUAGAAAACUCAAGAAAAUGCAGAACUAAAUAUUUACAAUCUUAGACUAGGCAACGAUUUCUUAGAUACAGCAUCAAAAUCACAAAUGAGAAAAGAGAAGAUUAAUUCGUUGGGCAUUAUCAAAAUUAAAGACUUUUUGUGCUUCAAAGGACACUAUUAAGAAAGUGAAAGGACAACCCAAAUAAGGGGAGAAAAUAUUUGUAAAUCAUAUAUCUGACAAAGGACUUGUAUCUAGACUAUAUAAAGAAACUUUACAACUCAUAAUCCAAUUAAAAACGGUUUGUAUAAUGAUUUCUUUUCUUUAUAAAGAAUAUGUGGUUUAUACACAAUGAAAUACUAUUCAGUUUUUUAAAAAGAAUGAAGCCAUGUCUUUUGCAGCAGCAUGGAUGGAACUGGAGGCCAUUAUAUUAAGUGAAACAACUCAGAAACAUAAAAUCAAGUACCACAUAUUCUCACUUACAAGUAGGAGCUAAAUAAUGUGUACACAUGGACAAAACGUAUGGCAUAAUAGACAUUGAAGACUCAGAAGAGUUGGGGAUAGAAAGAGAAAGAGUGAUGAGAAAUUACUUAAUGGGCACAAUGUACAUUAUUUGGGAGACAGAUACAUUGAAAGCCCAGACUUCAACACUACCCAGUAUAUCCAUGUAACAAAAUUGCAUUUGUACUCCUUAAAUGUAUAGAAAUAAAACAACUAAAUGAAUAAAAUUUCAAAAAAAUAAAAUUAAAAAAAAAAAAAACGGUUUGUAAAAAAAAGUGACUGCAGUGCAAGAAGGCAGCAACCACAGGCUCAGGAGUAAAAUUUCUAACUGUUGGAAGAACUCAAAGAAGGCCAGAAAGGAGUAGGAGAUGGCACAAUUAGCUGGGAUUUAGAUAGUAAUAAGACAUGACACUUAAAAGAUGAACAGGGAUGAUAAUUGGGCCUCCAAGAACAAUUUAUGAAAACCAAAUAUGCAGCCUUAAAAUAAAAUGUGGACCUAAAUACUCAGAAGCACCCUCCUUUGUCAGAUUUGUAACAAAAAUCAGCAUGAACGGAGUUAAUAGUUCUAAUGGAGUGGUGGACCCAAGAGCCCUAUCAGUGCUAGCAAAAUGGCAGAAUACAUAUAAUACAUAUAGCAUCAAAGUUGUCCUGCAAGAGCUUCAGUGCCUACUGAUGUCUAAACAAAAUAUGAAACUCCCUCAGUUGCCUGAAGGACAGUGUUACACAAACUAAUCAAAAAGAAAAACCACAGGCCCUUCCCUUUUUGAUUUAAGCAGUCCUCAUUUUCCACGGUAGCAAAUUUUCUGGAUACAUCUUGCAGACCUCAAAGUACUUGAAAGGAAGCUCCCAUUCAAAGUAAAUUUAUCUUAACAUCCUGUAAAUAAUUCUAUUUUUUGCCCAUUUGAAAUAUAUAAGUUGUACUAAAUGUAACCACUGUCCACAUAAUUGAACUUCUGGGAUCAAUAAAGUAUAUUUAAAUUGAUUCCUAUUAUAACUGGUGGGGCACAUCUAUUAAUAACUCAACUGUGAAAA